UUAUUUGAUCAGCAGAAAUCGUUGUGUUCAAUUUUGAUCGCUUUUGUCGUUAGUUGUUAAAUGAAUUAAUAUCUUGAAAUUGAUAGAGCAAACAAAAAAAACCAGUAGGUAUGUCAUAUUUGCUAAGGCUGCUUUUGUUUGUAUUUUUCAUCAAGACCGUGUUUUCUCAAUACGAAUAUGAACAUGUUGACACGUUAGAUGUUGAGGAACAGUGGAAUGAAUUCAAGAGGAAGUUUAAUAAAACAUAUUCAGAUUUUCAUGAUAUCAUAAAAAGGAAGGCGUGGGAAGAAAAUUUGGAUAGAAUAAAGAAGCAUAAUGAAGAGGCGGACCAAGGGCUGCAUUCUUUUUACAUAAAAGAAAAUGACUUCACUGAUAUGAACACCCAAAGUUAUCUUCAGAAAAUGGUGAAGCUGACCAAAAGUAGGCACAGGAAAGUGAAUCCUGAGACAGUUGGCGAUUUCUAUGACAAAGUGAUGCAUAUACCAGAAGAAAUCAAUUGGGUGAAGAAAGGUUUCAAGACUCCCGUGUACAACCAAGUAGACUGCGGUUCAUGUUACGCAUUCAGCAUAGCCAGUGCCAUACAGGCACAAAUUUUCAAACAAACCGAUAAACUAGUGCCACUAAGUGAGCAACAAAUCAUAGACUGCAGUGUAUCUUAUGGAAACUAUGGAUGCGCAGGUGGCUCUCUGAGGAAUACUCUUCGCUAUCUGGAACACGUAGGCGGACUCAUGACAUACAAGGAUUAUCCGUAUAAAAAGAAGCAACAAAAAUGUACCUACGACAAACACAUGGCGAUAGUGAACAUCACUUCCUGGGCAGUGCUGCCAGCAAGAGAUGAAAGAGCUCUGGAAGUUGCAGUCGCUAGGAUUGGUCCUAUAGCUGCGUCAAUCAAUGCAAGUCCUCACACUUUUCAACUUUAUCACAAAGGCCUGUACGAUGAUGAUUCCUGUAGCUCGAACACUGUGAACCAUGCUAUGCUGAUCGUGGGUUAUACGAAGGAUGCGUGGAUCUUGAAGAAUUGGUGGGGAAGACAUUGGGGAGAAAACGGCUACAUGAGACUGAGAAGAAACAGGAACAGAUGUGGCAUCGCUAAUUACGCAGCAUAUGCUCUAGUUUGAAUGUUGAAUGGAUAAAUGUUAUUUUGAAUUGAAUUAUCGUAUUCAAUAG